AUGGGGGCGUCCUUCCGAAGAUUCUGCGCUCGCUUCUGCUGCUGCUGCUGCUGCGCCGACGACGACGACGAUGCCGUCGACCGGGAGGAGGAGAAGACGCCGUUACUGAGCGAGACCCUGCAGUACUUUGACCGCGAGGCCAAGAGGCGCCGCGACCAGGAGACGAACCUGUGGAGCGAGCCAGGGGACCCCAGUCACUCGGAGAGAGACGACGACCGCGCCCUCUACAACCUGCUGCAGUCCCGCUCCAGGGCGCGCAGGGGAUCGCAGGAGUACCGGCGCCUCAGCGUGGACAUCCAGGCCAUGCGGCAGGUGCGCCGCGGCGUCAAGGAGAAGUGGAAGCUCAUUCUGGAGAACCUGGGGUUCAUGGCGGAGGCGGAGUCCCUGCUGACGGUGUCGGCCAGCGCGUCCUACGACCGCAUGCGCAACGCGCCCGCCGCCCGCACCCUGCUGCACGCCCUGCACUCGGAAACCUCCAUCUUCAACAGCAAAGGGCCGCCGCCUGAGCGAUACCUUUUCAUCCUGGACCGCCUGAUCUACCUGGACGUGGCGGAAGACUUCGUGAAGAAGGCGCGCCGCUUCUACCCCAAAGGCGAGGAGGGUGUGGAGGAGGAGGAGCCCAGCGCUACCCUGCCGCUCCUUUUCUCCCGGGUCGUCCGGGAUCUCUCUGCAGGCGAGGAGGAAGAGCGGCUCGGCGACGAGGAGCAGAGCGGAAAGGAGGCCGACGACAGCGACGACGGCGCCUUGUACGUCGAGCCCUUUGUCGAGUGAUCGAGCCGGCGGUAGCGGGUAGUCCGCGACGGCGGCAGGAGGCGGUGGAGUAAAGUAAUACCCGUGUGGACGUGUUACCUUGUCCUCAGCCGGAACCCAAGAGCGAAGAAACGGUAGUUUGAGAGUCGGGUCGACCCGCGGGUGGCAAAUAAUCCCUAAAAAUAUAAUGUUUUUUUUUUUUUAUACAAGGCUCACUUAGUGCAUCCUCAUUGCGACCCUCACCUAGUUUACCUUGCGUGUCCCUGGAAAGACGAGCCGCUCUCGAGACGUCUCGCACGACGUCCCCUCCCCGGCAGACCGCUACGAGGUGCUCGUCGUCCUUUCCGUCGACGCUCGAACCCAAGCGCGCCGAGCGGACUUGACGAGUAGAGGAGCGCCGCGUGCCGUUUGCGUCAGCUGCGUGUCGGAGCAGCGGUUUAGGUACGUGCGACAGGCCUGCGGUAGGUUGCGUUUCGCCGCUGCGUCGAGUGGGUUCGGUGCCACUUUCAGCUUUUGGUGCGAGGGGCCGUGCGCCGCUCUGCGCCGCUCCGCUCUGCGAUGUGCGAAGGUCAUUGAAAUGUAUAUUAAAGAGCCGAUGAGCAAAGCAAAGGUCAGUCGCUGAA